UUCAAUAAGCUCGAUUUUCCGAGCCCCAAUUUUUUUGUCUUUCACACUCUUUUUCUCCUAAUUCCUCAUAAAUCAUAUCAGAAAAAAUUCUCACCGGCGAUGGAGUCCGAAUCGGAUUACUCUGACGGGUUCGAUCGGUUACCCGACCCGCUUAUUCACCUCAUGUUCAACCAAAUCUCCGACAUCAAAACCCUAAUCCGGUGCCGCUCCGUUUCCAAACGGUUCAACUCGUUGGUACCUCAAGCUGAUUCGCUUCUCCUCCGAGUCGACCGUGUUAUUUCCUCUACUGAUUCCGACGACGACGACGAUUCCUUCUUCAUUGCUUUCCUCAGAUCCAUCAUCAAAUCCCUUCACCAUCUCGUUUCACCAAGCAAGGCUCUCCCCAGCCCUGCCCGAUCCCAGAACUCACCCGCCCAGAUCCUACGCGAGUUCGAGAGGAUCAGGAAUCUCCAAAUCGAGCUUCCUUCCGGUGAUCUUAGGUUAGAGAAAGGCACGACGAUUAGGUGGAAGGCGGACUUCGGGAAAACCCUAAAGAGUUGCGUGAUUUUAGGGUUCCGCAGCGGGGAUGGAGGUGGUGGAGAGGCGGAGUUAGGAGGAGGAGGAGGAGCUGGCGGUGGGUUGAAAAUGAGGGUAGUUUGGACAAUUAGCGCGUUGAUUGCGGCAUCAGCGAGGCAUUACAUGAUGUUGGAGGUUGUAAACGAACACAAAGAGCUGGAGAAUUUGGUGAUCAAGGACAGAGAAGAUGAAGGGAAAGUGGUAAUGGAUAAGAAAGGAUUGAAAGAAUGUAGAGAAAGUCAAGGUGAAGGUGAAGAAGCUGAGGUAAACAAUGCUAGCAGCGGCAAUGGAGUUGGUUUGUGGUGGCGGAACAAUCGUACAACAGUGCCAGCAGUUCGAAUGAGGAUGAGGCAUGAAGCGAGGAUGGAACUCUCCGGUGGCACGAAAAUGGUCGGAGCAACAUUGGUGGUUGUCCGACCAACUAAUGGAGGGGGUGAGAGGAGUGAAGUGGAGGAACAAAAUGGAGAUGUAGGAUUAGCAUUAGGAGCAUUUGGGGACGAUCCAGUGUAUUGUGAAGCUGUGGAGGGGUUGCUCAAGAGUCGAAGUUAUAUUCUGGAGAUGAACUCUUUCUAGUUCCUACUGUAUCUGUAAGCAACCUGUUGAGGGCUAAAAAAAUGGCAACUAUUUGAAAUCCCAAAAGAAGAAGAGGAGGGAGCAAGGGCAGACGACAUCUUUGCUUGCUCGUCAUAAUAGGCAGGCACCUUGAGGAACCUCUAAACCGUCCAAUAACAGGUUCCAUAACCCUCCUCAAUGUCAAAGGGCCAGAGCCACAUGGGGGUUCCAUUGCAAUAUUGCAUCACAUAUUUGGGGAAUUAUUAGCAUUCUGUUGCAUACGAGGCAACUAUCAUUUGGGUAAUGAAAUCACUAUAGUGAGUAUAAGCAGAGCUUUAGUGAAUGCUUUUCCUAAAGAAAAUUCACGAGUUCUUAUUUGCAUCUUUGAUUCCGAAUCUUCAGUGUCUAAUAAUCCAUGUUGUACGAUAUUUAUAUAGCUUGUAUUCUUCAGUUGCUCUUUGUCUGUUUAGAGACUCGCUACAAACUUUGAUAUAUCCAAGUUUGAACCAGGGUAACACAAUCACAAUUACCAAGUUGCAG